UCUAAACACCGUUUUAAAAAAGCUUGGAUAAUUUUGUACAUGGGUUUGCUUGUUGUGUGAAAUCUGAGGGAACGCGGUUUCUGGAUAUCUUGUAGUGGAUUAUUUCUACUCGUUGAUGAAUUAAAGGGAAAGCGACUGCCAUGACCACAGACGAGGCGGAGAGCGUUCAUAAGAAACAGGUGUGCGAGCAGCAGCAGGAAGAGGAGGACCCCGCUGCACAGGAGCCAGGCCCCGCUGACACCGUUCAGGACAGCCCCUCCGGCACCUCGCCGCCCCCCGGGGGCUCGGAGGAGGAACAGGAGCUGAAGCCACGCCAGCGCACCUCCGCUGGCCGCGGCCUCUCCCGCCUCUUCUCCUCCUUCCUGAAGCGCCGCUCGCAGUGCUCGGACGGCGAGGGGGUGGAGACGGAGAGGGCCCGGGACAAGGACGCCCAGGAAGAGCCCAAAGCUCCCAUAGCGGACCCCGAGCCAGAACUGCGCAUAGAGGGCGAUGUUGCUCUAGACCAGAACUCAAUCAGCAGUGCUGAAAACCAGCAAAUCGUAGCAGAUCAGAAGGAAGACGCCAAGCUGGAGUCCGGCAAGGCAGAAAAGGGGGAGAAGGGGGAGAAGAAGGAAAAGAAGGAGAAGAAGGAAAAGAAGGAGAAGAAGGAAAAGGUGAAGAAGGAGAAAGCAGACAAAGAAGAAAAAUGA